CGAAAGGCGGAAGAAACCGAAUUUAUCGAUCCGCGCGUCGCGGCGGUCCUUUUCUUCUUGCAGAUUCAGAUUCCACCACCCAGUCUCUCUUCCCUCCCCCCAGGCAUUGAGGUAUGGACGCAGCACUUGCCCUGUUGUGUCCUGGUUGUCCGCGUCUCGGUCAUCUCUAACAAUCUCGAUCUGUGCCUCGGUGCAAAAUGUCGCGAUGGACAGUCUUGCCACAUGUGCCCUUGGCCGGUUUCCUCAACAAGUGCUACCCAAAAAACCAAAAAAAGACUAUACUUAAGUCUGAGAUCGUGAGUGAAAGGCUGUGCGAUGACAUCCUCAACCGAUUGUCGCCGCUCUUGCUCCGCAACCGCCCGGUAGACAUUCUCGAUCUCUUCCCAGGAGCUGGGCUCUGGUCUUCGAAGGUCAAUGACUUCCUGCAGCCCCGGCGACAUGUCAUGGUCGAGCCCAAUUUGAAAGCCUUCGGGAAAUUGCUGCGACCCUUGGCUGCCAGCCGCUCCUGCUAUACGCUACUAUCAGAGAAUCCUUUCGACAUGAAUGUUUUGAAUAGCAUUUUCGCAAACCACUUUCCCGAGCAAGGGACGUCGAACACGGAUCGGACAGGUUCUUUGCCGACAAACAACACAUUAUUGAUUCUCGCCAACCCUCCCACGCCCAGCUCGAAGAAGGAUCAUUUCACUCCGUCACGCUGGUGGGCAUCAUCCAUGGAACAUUGUAUGCAUAACAUCGGAUUACAUGGUUAUGGGGGCGUGCGUUUGCUUGUCUCCCUUCUGCCGUCCGAUGCGAAUCUCGUUCUUCCGCGAAACACGAUUGAGCGUAAACGGCCAGCCCUCCUGACAGAAUGUCUUGCCAGGCACGCCUUUGAGGUCGCAGCCUGUCCAGACUCCGGACAUUGGUGGAUGUUCAAGGGAAUGGAUGUGACUGAGCAGGGUGCCGCACGGGUGGCCCAAAGGGCCGCCGACCAGGGCAUGGAGACCCCGAAGGACCGAGAAUUUCCCCCUUACGAACUGGCGCCAGAGAGUCUGGACCAGGUCAAUAUGCCUUGUCCUUACGUGCCACGUCCUAUAACCGAACGCAACGUCCGCUUAGCUCACAUACUCAAGACGGAAAGUGAAUGGGUGCCGUCAACUGCAAGGGCCAGCGGGCGCCUGAUCAGGAACGAGAAGCACAGGCGCGCCAAUACUGCCUUGAACCAAGAGAACCGACAUGCGUUUAUCCGUUUGGAGAUGGCUAAGCUUCAGUCAGAAGUCGAUGCGUUGAACAGAUCGCUCUCGCGAGCAGCCGCCGACCCCCGGGCGGAUUCUACGGCCCUGCGUCCCAUCCUCGAUCAGAUCGAGGCCCUCAAGUCAGAGAUCGCUCAAUAUUACACGGAUAACCACUUCGAAAUUGUCAAGCAGGUUCCUAUCUCCGUGGACGACAGGCGCGCGCUUUUCGGCACUGGCAAUGCCGACGACGCGUGUCUUCUCUGGGACCGUCGCCCCUGCGAACCGCUUCGCAUCCACCGCGAGGAGCUUUAUCCGCUCGAGACCGACCGCGUAUUCAUCUAUUUCGAACCCGACCCCGACCCCCCAGCGUUGCGCAAGCUCAACAAACUCGACCCGUUGGCGAAACAAGACGCCAUACGUUUCUUCGACGCGCUCUCCUUCACCAUCGGCACCCGUCCCCAUCUCGCGGUGACCGACGUUUUCAACGCCAUUUUCCCCAGCCGAUCCAUCAACAGCCUCGUCAAGGCCAUCCCCAGCCUGGCCACCUUCGCGGCGAAAUCCCCCAAGCCCGACUUCGACUCCCUCCCCAAGACGGUCCUCGGCGACGCCGAAGACCCAAGCAAGCCCCUCGACCCGGCCGACUGCUACCAGGAGAACCUCGACUACGACCUCAGCGACGUGCGGGUGCGGGCCAUAUCCAUAAACACCAUUCUUGAUAUUUGCAUCGAGUACCAGAAAUCCGACCAGCAGCAUACCUUGCCGCAGUUGAAUCGGAAGCUGGGUGGCACCCUCACUUCGUUCCGGUCCGGCGAAAGCCUCGUCGAAAAUUGAACCAACAAAUACCUCGGGCCUUCCUCUUCUCUACUGCCCAUUGAUUAUACCCAUCCCGUUCCUCUUUACUUGAUA